UAGGGUUGCUGUUGGUGCCAUGAAUGAAGGACGAUCUGCAGAAGGGGCUCGCCAAAGCCUGCCCGGACUAAGUACCCUAGUUAAUCGUGCCAUCGCCGACUUUGGGGUCGUUCAUGUGUGCCAUCUAUAUAAUGGCUAUGCUCCAGCUUCGUACCGUGAACUCUACUACUUCCUUCUCCAUCAAGCUUCAGUUCAUUCUUUGACAGUCGAUUCGUUUCAGUUCUGCGAACUUUUUGUUCUCGACCUUCUUUUCUCUGCCUAAUUACAUUCAUUACGAACCGCCAGGCCGGUCUUUACUCAAUUCUAUUCAUCCAAUUACCUAGUUAGGAUCCGUCCUCUUUACAUACCUUCUUUCAAAGAACUUGAACUCGUUGCUUGAACCAAGUUUGUUCUUCUUCGUCACCAUGUACACCAAGGCUACUCUCAUCUCCGCUCUUCUCGCGGUUGCCGAGGCUCGUUUCGGCCAGGAGCAAGUCCCUGUUGCCGGCGUCCAGGCUCUAAGCAACUUCGGUAGCCCCGGUGAAGCCGCAACUCUCGCAGGCUCUGUUCCCGGCGUGUUGCUCGCCGCCGCUAACCCGUGCGACAAGCUCACGUUGGCCGACAAGAUCGUGUCGAGUCUCGGUACCGACCCCUCGGUCAUUGUCGCGGCGCAGAAACUCGUCGCCGCCGAGCAGAACUUUAACCCCUUCGUUGUCAGCGUCCCUAACAUCUGCGGCGACGCCACUCUUCCCGCUACCACGGAGCUCCGUGGCAUUGUUCCUCUAGUCGAUCCCGCCGUUACCGGCUCCGAUACCGAGAACGCCAACUCGGCGACAUCCUUGCAGACCCCCUUCGACGCCACUGGCCUAAGUGUAGGCGAUGUUAUGAAGGCCCAGGGAUUCUCGAACUUCACCAUUGCUGGCGCUACCGCCAACGCCGGUGCCAGCAGUUCCGCAACCACCGCCGCCGCCGCAGCCACUACUUCCGCCGUUGCGACUAAGUGUGGCGGUAGCAAGGCGACAAGCGCCGCCGCUGCCAGUCCCACUACCGCUGCCGCCGCUGCUACUUCCUCUGCUGCUUCUACUACCAACAACAACUCCGGCAGUGCUACAAACAGCAACUCGACGACCCAAGCCGGCGCCGGUGCCGUCAGCGAUCCCGUAACCGGUACCUUCCCCGGUUUCCAGGCCUCUUCUCUCGGUCUCGACUUCGGAACCUGCACGCCCACCGUCAAGUUCGAGGAGUCGCUCAACGGCCGCAAGGCAGGCGAGUUCACCUUCCAGGCCCAGGACCCCGUCGUCAACAAGGGCCAGCAGGAGGCCUUGAACCCCAACAUCAUCUUCAACCGCAUCUGCGACCAGCUCGUAAAUGUGUGUAACGCCGCUGCGGACGCGGUGACUGCUUGCCGAUCUGCUCAGACUAGCCUUGGAUCCGGUGCUAAGGACGCGUCGACGGCUAAUGCGUGGAACACCGCUCUUGGCUUCGACGGUGUCAACAUCAACCCUGAUAACGCUCCCCAGGCUGGUCUCGUUGGCCACACUUAAGUGGGCUCGUGUAGAGCUUGUUGGACAUGAUGAGAUAGUCGCUUGUGAUCAUGCGCAGCAGAGGGUAGUUAGGAAAUAUAACGUGUCAUGACGAAUUAAGAACUUAUAUUGUAUUAUUCAUUUAAAAUAAACUUCGUGUACAACAAUCGUAGUGCCAUUCAGUCCUUCUUUGUACAUUCAUU